UCCAUAUAAGUUCUAGCUAAUAGUUCAUUUAUACUGCAAUUAAUCUAAAAAAAAGAAUACUGGACAAAGAGAAAUUAUGGCUACUGAAAUAGAUGAAAAUUUGUCUACGGCUGCACCGUAUGCUCCGGUUACUUAUGACAGACCUGUUCGAGAUGAUUUGGAAACUACUCUUCCUAAGCCUUAUUUGGCAAGAGCAUUGAAAGCUCCUGAUACAGAACAUCCUGAAGGAACACCGGGACAUAAGCAUUACGGUUUAAGCGUGCUUCAGCAGCAUGUCGCCUUUUUCGACCAAGAUGACAAUGGAAUCGUUUAUCCUUGGGAGACUUAUGCUGGAAUGCGUGCAAUUGGUUUAAACAUAAUUGCCUCUCUUGUAAUGGCUGUUGUUAUCAAUGGAGCCUUAAGUUAUGCUACUCUUCCUGGGUGGUUUCCUUCCCCGUUUUUCCCCAUCUACAUCAAAAACAUACACAAAGCCAAGCACGGCAGCGACUCGGGAACAUAUGAUACAGAAGGACGAUAUAUGCCUGUGAAUCUUGAAAAUGUCUUCGGCAAGUAUUCUAACACCGUGCCCGACAAAUUAACAUUGAAAGAGCUAUGGAACAUGACAGAGGGUCAGAGAGUAGCUUACGACUUGUUUGGAUGGCUUGCAGCCAAGAUGGAGUGGGGACUUCUGUAUGUUGUUGCGAGAGAUGAAGAAGGUUUUCUGUCGAAAGAAGCUAUUCGUCGAUGUUUUGAUGGGAGCUUGUUCGAGUAUUGUGCUAAGUUGAAUAUGGGGAGUGAGGCUAAAAUGAGCUAAAAUGUUCGAGAUACUUCAAUGAUAGUUAUUAAUAAAUCGAGUCAUGGCUUGCUGCUGUAAUGAAGAUAUUCCAAAACAUCUCAUUGUAGAAAAACUCUUGAAAGAAAUGAUCCAUUGUGUA